AAUUAAAUGAGCCAUCACUUCUGACCUGUUUAGUGAUAAUAGAUAUAGACAGAUAAUAAUCCAUGGAAGAGAUAAAGAAUUUCUCUGGAACAUCUCUUCUUGUACCAUCAGUUCAAGAGUUGGCCAAGAACAAUAUUUCAGCAGUUCCAGCAAGAUAUAUUCAAUCUCAACUUGAAGAAUUUGUCAUCAAUGAAACUGAUGAUGGUAUACUUGAAAUUCCAGUUAUUAAUAUGAAGAAAUUGCUUUCUUUAGAAUUUGGGAGUGAAGAAUUGGCUAAGCUUCACCUUGCAUGCAAAGAUUGGGGAUUCUUCCAGGUGGUAAAUCAUGAUGUUAGUUCUUCCUUAGUGGAGACAGUAGAGUUGGAGAUUCAUGAAUUCUUCAACCUUCCAAUGUCUGAAAAGAAAAAGUUUUGGCAAACUGGACAACAUAUGGAGGGAUUUGGACAAGGAAAUGUUGUGAGUGAAGAACAAAAGCUUGAUCGGGCUGAUAGGUUUUCUAUGACAACGCUUCCUAAACACUCUAGAAUGCCUCACUUACUUCCACAAAAUAAGGGGAAAAAUGAUGACCCCAUAUAGGGUAAGAGGUCGCAGUUAUGGCCGUGGUGGAAGGGGGAGUAACAAUAUGUUACUCUAACCAGAAUCAAACAUUCCUCUAAUAGGGGAUUGGACUACAACUUACGAAGGAAGAAAAAUGCAGCAAUUACCUGCAUCUUCAUCAAAAAAAAGAAGAUAUUGCUUCCUCCUCUUCUAAUAAAAAUAUAUCCUACAAGGAAGUUGCGGUUAUUAACCCAUCUCAAGAACAAAUGGAUUAUUUUGAAAAUCCAAUAACUGAAAAAAUCAUGUAUAUUGAUGAAGAAGAUAUUAAGAUAAAUCCAAAUGAUGGAUGGUCUAUCAAAACCAGAUACCUCGAAUCAAGAGGAUAUCCAGGUCUUCAUGGAAAAUCUUGGCCUCACCUAGAGAUUCUUUUGACUGUUACUGAAUCGCUAACAAUUACUCACCACUACGAGAACAAUAAUCCUGAAAGUUUUAUAAACUUCAGUAAAUGCCAUAUUAAUAAAAUCUUGUUACCAAGAGAAUGGAUCUCAACCUAAAUGGUGAGAAGGCAAUAAGGAUUGCUGAAGGAAAGUAUGUUUACUUUAAUUACUGGGACUAUGUCCAAGAUUUUACUCAAGCUUUUUAUUAUCAAAAUGCUCAGAACAAGCAUUCUUGGUUUUUCUCUAUUAAUCCAGAAAUGAUUAAUAAAUCCAUACCAAAUUGGUUUUUACGAAUGAUGGACUAAAUUUAGUCUUUCUUUAGAAAUAUUACCCAAAGAAUUACUUGAUUUAUACAAUCCCUAGUGUGAUAAUAGUCCAUUUAUUGUAAAUAUUUUAUCUGAUAAUUUAAUCACAGGAUAGUGUCCAUUUUUGUUCUUUACCAAAUUUCAGAUUUCAUGGAUAUGGAGAUGGUCUAUCUCCAUAUCUCAAGAUAAAUUUAACAUACCGAUUUUAGAAAGAAAUUUCUUCUAUAAAUGGUGGAACAAGAUGAGUUUUGAAGAAAUCCAUAAUAAAAUGAUUCUAAUUCAAGCAGCUUUAGCUGGAGACCAAAAUAAUAGAGUCAAAGAGCAAAGCUCCCAAUAGAUGCCUAUGAGAAAUUUAAAGAAAUUCUUCCAGAGAAAAUAUCCAAAUGAAUCGGAAAAAGAAAUUAUGGUUAGAACUUUGGAUCAUAUGAAGAACCAAUUCUUCUCCACUUUUCCAACUAAAGCAUCAAAAGAUGAGAAUUCAUCUAUGAAGACUGGCUCUUCUAUGGGAUCAAGGGAUUUCAACAACUUUGAUUGUUUAGCAGGAGAAGCCCAAGCGGAUGACCCCAUUGCUGAAGAUUUUUGGGAUGCAAUGAUUCAAUCCAUGGCUCAGAAAGCAAAUGAUAAAGCAAAGAGAUAAUAAAGAAUCUUAGAAUCUCUGGACAAAUAGAAAAAGACAAGAGAGAAUCUUAUCUUGAAAGAAAAACAAUGCAAAAUACAAAUGCAAAGAUAAGAAGGAAUCUUAUCUUGAAAAAAUGCACAUGCAAAGAUAAGAAUCUUAUCUUGGAAAAAGGAAGGAAUCUUUUCUGCAUUUUGUAAGAAAGUUUUGUUGUUUUGUUGUUAAUGAAUUAUUGUUGUGUCGAUAUGGCCUAGUUUGUAUAUGGCAUUAAAUAGUCAUAUUUUUUUGUUGUAACCGGCUAUCAUAGGUAGCUCUUACCAGCUUAAAUAUUAAGCCUUUGUAUCCCUAUAAAAAGGGAACUUCUUUCCUGUUGUAAGUACGCAAUUUUAAUAAUACAACAAAUUUUUUGUAUA